CUUUACAAAAGAAUUCUCCUUUUUUUGAGUAUUGACCCAUUUAUUUCACUCAGCAUCGCUCAUUAAAUCCAAAUUUUGUUAUCUUCAUAAUGAGAAAAAAAUAAGGUCUCUUAAAUUCUCUCCACCUCCACUAGUAGACCCUUGGCCUUUCUCCCCUGUUUCCUAAGCUAAAAUUUAUCAGAAAUUUUUUAGAUCUUUCUUUUUUCCUCUUACUCUGCUUUUUUCUUCAUCGUUUUCUAAGUUAUGGGUUCCGGAGAAAAAAUCUUCAAGAGCGUCCAUUCAAAUCGUUCUAAUAACGUGAAAAGCAAUAGCAAACAAGGAAUCAAAGAUGUUCCAAAAGGGUGUUUAGCAAUCAAAGUGGGAUCAAAAGAAGAGGAGAAACAGAGAUUUGUUGUUCCUGUUUUUUAUGUUAACCAUCCAUUGUUCAUGCAACUCUUAAGAGAAGCUGAGGAAGAGUAUGGAUUCGAGCAGAAAGGUACCAUCACAAUCCCUUGCCACGUGGAGGUUUUUCGAUACGUUCAAGACAUGAUCAACAGAGAGAGAUCGGUUAAUUAUCAUAAUAAUCAUCAUGAUCAUCGUCAUAAUCAUACCCAUAAUCAUCUUGUUGGAUGUUUUAGAGCUUGAUGAUGAUGAUGAUGCAAGCAAGCAAAAGGGUAUAAAAAUUUGUCUGUCAUCUUUAGUUUUUUUUUUUUUCCUUUUCGAAUGGGUUUGAUCUUGUGGAGUUGUGGAGCCAAACACGGCCUAACCCACAAGAUUAGGAGUAGAAGCUCUAGUGGUGUUUGGAAAUAACCAUAAAUAUAAAUAAAUGUUAAAUUAUGAAUGUUAAUUGUACGAUUUAUAAAUUUUCUAGUGAUAUAUGUUUAUCCGA